CAGUAAAAUACCGGUCAGAUGAGUCACGUGUUUGCAUGUCCCAGUUUUAUCUGCUGCUGUAUAAAUAAGAGCAGCAAUGAUGCAAAGCAGCUUCAGACGUCCUAGUCCUGGACCCUGAAGACGCACUCAUAGCAUUUCUCAUCAACACCUGCUGACCCUGUAAGAGUCGGAGAGGAUGUUAAUGAUGAUGAUGAUGAAGAUCAGGAAGGGCUCCAAGUCGCUGGCUGUGGUGGCUCUUUUUCUGGCCUGCGCCAACUGCUUGGUCCCACCCACCGAUGAAAAUCUCAAACAGAUCUCACUUGAGGGAGAGAAGUACCUAAAUGGACAGAUUGAGAAUGCCAUCAAUGGCGUCAAGGAGAUGAAGAAUAUGAUGCAGAAAUCGUCAGAGGACCACAAGAAGGUUUUGGACGAGCUGGAGAAAACCAAACACAAGAAAGACGAGGCCAUGUUGGCUGCUCAGGAGAUGGAGACCAAGCUGCAGGAGCAGGAGGAGGUCUGUAAUGAGACCAUGAAGGCCCUGUGGGAGGAAUGCAAGCCAUGUCUGAAAAGAACUUGCGUCAAAUAUUACUCCCGCACGUGUAGCAGUGGAUCUGGGAUGGUGGGACGCCAGUUGGAGGACUUACUGAACCGAACGUCUCCCUUCUCCAUUUGGAUCAACGGGGAGAGGAUGGACACCCUGGAGCAGGAAGGACAACGUCAGAGCAAAGAGUUUAAGGAGCUGGAAAACAAAUACUCCGAGAUGGCUGACGGAGUGGAUGGCAUAUUUUCGGACAGCAUGAAGGUGGCCGAUCACGUGCAUUACAACCCGCCGACGUUCACCCUGCCCAACUUCUUCCCAUCUCGCUGGCGUCGAAGCAUCCACUCGCUCUUCCACGAACCCUUCCCCAGUUUUCAGGGUUUGUUCUCCAACAUGAUGGGCUUUGGUAGGAGGGACCCCUUCAGCUCUUUUGGUUCCAUGUUGGACGUUGACACAGACGUCCCCACUAAUGAAGAUGGCAGCGUGAACGAGGACGUGGUCAUCACCAAACCUUUCGGAGACGGCAGCAUGACCUGCAGGGAGAUUCGCCGCAACUCAGCCGGCUGCCUCAAAUUCCGCGACGAGUGUCAGAAGUGCAAAGAGAUUGAACAUGUCGACUGUUCAGGAAAGAAACCCCUGGAAGGUCCCCUGAAGGAGGAGCUGGAGAGGGCUCUGGCCAUAGCAGAGCGCUUCACUCAGCGCUACAACGCUCUCCUAAAGCGCUUCGAGGAGCACAUGUUCAACACGUCCACCGUCAUGGACCUGUUCAACAGGCAGUUUGGAUGGGUAUCUUCUCUGGCGAACAACACUGACGCCAAGGAUGACUUCUUCAAAGUUGAGACGGUGGUCACCAGGGAUCCAGUGGAGAGACCCGAUGAGGACCCUGAGCAGCCAGACACCAAAGUGUCCGUCAAACUCUUCAAAUCACCACCCAUGAACUUGAACGUCCCGGGCGACAUUCCUUGGAAUGACCCCAAGUUCCCAGAGGUGGUGGCUCAGGAGGCAUUGGACCGCUAUAAGGAUAUCACUGUUGUUGCCAAAUAGGGGGCAUCGUGCAUAUUCCGCUUGAUCCAAACACACCCUGCAGCGACUCACUGAUUCCUCUGCGCCUCCGCUCAAGUCCUGCUUCCGCAAAUCGACGGUUUAACCCUCGUAAGGUGUAUGUUCAUCUCCUUGUCCUGCUGGAAGAGAAAAUAUUUAGUCGAUAGUCUCUAGAAAGGCUUUUUGAGCUGACGACGACCAUAAAUCUGCCUGACU